GAGACGCAGAGCAGCGGCUCGGAGGAGAUGGUGCCCAGCUCGCCGUCGCCGCCGCCGCCGCCGCGCGUCUACAAGCCCUGCUUCGUGUGCAGCGACAAGUCCUCGGGCUACCACUACGGCGUCAGCUCCUGCGAGGGCUGCAAGGGCUUCUUCCGCCGCAGCAUCCAGAAGAACAUGGUGUACACGUGUCACCGGGACAAGAACUGCCAGAUCAACAAGGUGACGCGCAACCGCUGCCAGUUCUGCCGCCUGCAGAAGUGCUUCGAGGUCGGCAUGUCCAAGGAAGCCGUGCGCAACGACAGGAACAAGAAGAAGAAGGAGGUGAAGGAGGAGGCGGCCGAGGGCCCGGAGCUGACGCCGGAGCUGCACGAGCUCAUCCAGAAGGUCAGCAGAGCCCAUCGGGAGACGUUCCCGGCGCUCUGCCAGCUGGGCAAGUACACCACGAGCCUGAGCGCCGACCACCGCGUGCAGCUGGACCUGGGGCUGUGGGACAAGUUCAGCGAACUGGCCACCAAGUGCAUCAUCAAGAUCGUGGAGUUCGCCAAGCGCCUGCCCGGCUUCACCGCGCUCUCCAUCGCCGACCAGAUCACCCUGCUCAAGGCGGCCUGCCUCGACAUCCUGAUGCUGCGCAUCUGCACGCGCUACACGCCCGAGCAGGACACCAUGACGUUCUCGGACGGGCUCACGCUGAACCGCACGCAGAUGCACAACGCCGGCUUCGGGCCGCUCACCGACCUCGUGUUCGCCUUCGCCGGGCAGCUGCUGCCCCUCGAGAUGGACGACACGGAGACGGGGCUGCUCAGUGCCAUCUGCCUCAUCUGCGGAGACCGCAUGGACCUGGAGGAGCCCGAGAAGGUGGAGAGGCUGCAGGAGCCGCUGCUGGAGGCGCUCAAGGUGUACGCGCGGCGCCGGCGCCCGCGCCAGCCCCACAUGUUCCCCCGCAUGCUCAUGAAGAUCACCGACCUGCGCAGCAUCAGCACCAAGGGGGCCGAGCGCGCCAUCACGCUCAAGAUGGAGAUCCCGGGCCCCAUGCCCCCCCUCAUCCGGGAGAUGCUGGAGAACCCCGAGAUGUUCGAGGAGGAGGAGGAGGAGGCGGCGCCGGCCCCCCCGGACCCCCCCAGCGCCGAGGGCAGCCCGGCCCCCGCCCGCCCCGACUCGCCGUAG